CGACGAACGAUGAAGAAAGCAUUUUCCCUUUUCCCUCUGCAGCAGAACGGCGAACGACACAAACGGCGGCACCUAUUCAAAUUCCGGUCGGAACUCGUCCAAACGAAGCUCAAAUCAAAGGGAAAGAGACACGGUGUACCCGAGGUCGUUUGUGCUCCAUUCUACCUCCUUUCAAACGUUUGAAUCGAGGUAUUUCACCAUUUUUGCUAAACCUGAGUUUUUUUAAUUUGUUGUUCGAAAUUACUGUUUUUUUUAAUUAUUCUCUUUGUAUUUGAUGUUAUGAAAUAUAUAAGUUCUUAAUGUUGUUAUUAUGAUUGAAUUUAUAUAAUUUUAGAAUUUGAUUUUGUUUUGUGUUGGUUGGAUUGAGUUUGAUAUAUUUGUCAUUUGAAAAAGAGUAAUGUAGCACAUUAUUAAUAUGUAUCUAUCUGAUUUUUUAAUUGAAUGAAAUCAUAAAAAUGAUACAUAUGCUUUAAUACAAUUCGUUUGAAUUAGUAGUUGAAUUUUCAACGUUCGGCAUAAAUCAUAGUUUUUUUGGAUUGUUUUUUGGUAGAAUAUAUCUCCAAACUUCCCCAUUAUUUGUCAUUUGGGGAGGAAAUAUUAUCGAGGAGUCAAACAGAAUUCAUUAUUAAGGGGGAAGUCGGAAGAUAAUUAUUGUUUUCUGUGGGGUGGAUGUGGUUGAGAUAAUGAAUAAAAUUUAUACCGCCACAUCCAUCAAUCGUAUGAACAAGUUGGAUUUGAAAGUUAAAUAUCUCAUUCAUGGUGGAUCAUACAUGUUGAUGCCUCUUACUGACGACGAAGCCGUUACGGGAAUGUGGACCUUAAUCACGAAUCUUGCUAUGCAUACCAUGGAGAUAUAUGUUGAAGAAGCGACUGUGUUGCCCACAUAACCUAACAACCCGUCAUUAUCCUGCCCAUCCACAAGUGUUCCAGUUGUGAUGAAUAUAGUUGUACAGGAGAAUGGAAGAUACGUGAAUAGUGAUGCAACGUUUCUGGAUUCACAAUGCAUCGACGACGAUGCAGAUCAAAAUGUGAAUCAUGACACACUAACAGAUUCCGAUGAAGAUGGUGGUGAUCUCGUAAGUGGCAAUGCUCCAUCCAGCCACUACACUAAAGUUUAUGAGCUUCCUGCGAGAUUUGAUGAAUCAUGGAGGGGUUGUACAACUUCUAGUCGCUUCUCUGCAGAUGGUGAAUUCAAGUUUGGGCAAGAGUUUGAUUAUAAGAAACAACUAAUUAACAUGAUUAGAGUGUACUCAGUAAAGAGGAACCAAUUUUUCUCAGUUUUAGAGUCUGACAAACACAAAUUUGUGGCAGAGUGUAAGCGGAAAAAAGAAUGUGGCUGCACUUGGCGGAUCCGGGCUACUAAGAAACAUGCGAGGCGAGAUAUGUUCAAAGUUGUUCGUUAUGCAGGUCCUCAUAUACCUACUUGUCUAGGUAACGUCGAUAACAAUGACCAUGCUGGUAUCACAUCUCAGUUCAUAGCCCGUGAAAUUACUGAUCUUCUUCGUACUGAUCCAUCACUAAAAGUCCGCACUAUUAGUGAGCUUAUGAAGGAAAAGUACGGGUAUGUACCUUCGUACAAGCGAAGUUGCUUGGCUAAGCAAAAAGCUAUCAGUGAAAUAUUUGGAGAUUGGGAGGCGUCGUAUUCUGAUUUGCCCCAUUUCAUGUUGGCAUUACAGCAUUCCAAUCCAGGGACGGUCGUGCAUUGGUACUCUUUCAGGUACCGCUGAUUGUGUGCAGUUUCAAAGAGUUUUUGGGCGUUUAAGCCAUCCAUUAAAGGCUUUAAGCAUUAUCGUCCCCUACUGACCAUUGAUGGAACACACUUAUAUGGGAAGUAUAAAGGUGCAUUGUUGGUGGCAAUGGGCAAUGAUGCUAAUAAUCAACUGUUCCCUUUGGCGUUUGUUAUUUGUGAAUUAGAGAAUGGAUAGAGUUGGUUGUGGUUUAUGGGGUGCAUACGUCAUUUUAUCACAUGCAGAGAAUUGUGUUUUAUUUCUGAUUGACAUGCUGGAAUUGUGAAGGCAUUUAAUGAGGUAGGUAGUGGAUGGAAGGAGCCAGAUUCAUGACACAUGCUUUGCAUACGGCAUGUCGCUUCUAAUCUGCAUACUGAAUCUAAAGACACUCACUUGAAGAAUCUGUUCGUUUGGACAACAAGUCAACGUCAAAAGAAGAAUUUUGAUGGUGGAUUUAACAGGAUAGGCGAAAUGCAGGCACAAGCAUGAGAAUAUCUAGCAAACAUUGGUUUGGAGAAGUGGUCUUUACACCACGAAGGGGGGUACAAGCAUGGCACCACAACAACGAACAUGGCUGAAGUUUUCAAUAACGUCAUGAAAAGUGCAUGAUACCUGCCUAUAACCGCCUUAGUUGAAUUAUCAUUCUAUCGUGUAAAUGCCUAUUUUGUGGAAAGAAGAGAAACUAGUAAGAGAAGGUUAGCAGAAAGGCGCCGCUAUUGCCAGCAAGUGACUUAACUGAUUGAGAAAAAUACGGAAAAGGGAAAACAUCACAAGGUCACAACAUUUGACAUAGGUUGUGGUUUAUACGAAGUGGAUCGGAGACGGGUCGUGGUGGUCGAACUGUGGGGAAGGGUGGUACAAAACAAAUGGUGAAUUUGCACCGUUGCCAUUGCACAUGUCAAAAGCUGAAUGUUUACAAGAUUCCUUGCUCACAUAUCUUAGCGGCAUGUAGAGAACGUAGUUUGUCCUAUGAUGCUUUUGUGUAUAUAUUUUUCUCAUCAUCGGAGUAUGCGGCUUCUUAUAAAAGAGUAUUUAAGCCCAUACCACAUAUAGAUUAUCGACAUACUUACAUUGGACCACGAGUAGUGCAUGACCCGUCAAUGAUUCGCGCUAAAGGUCGUCCGAAGGCUACAUGAUUGAGAAAUGAAAUGGAUGAAGGUCCUAGAGGUACUGUGAGAUGCGGUUUAGGCAAGCAAACAAGGCAUAACAAGAUGACAUGUGCUAGAAGAUCCCAGGGACAUGUAGGGAGUUCCACUGGCGUCGAUGCAGGUGUCAGCGGAUCUCGGACCGAUUGAUCCUUCAGUCAUGACAUUGCAGGCCACGCACUGGAGCGAGGAUGUGUGGCGUGGCCUGGAUGUUCAGGUAGAUAGGUGUCGUGAGCACCUACGCGGUAUAUUCCACUUGCAGGUGGAUGCUAGGAUUUUACAUUACGUUCAAUUAGCUGGGUUUUACGGUGUUCACAGGCUAGUCUCGAGUCUGCAUUUAGAUAGAGCAUUACUUACUGCUCUACUUGAGCGUUGAAGACAGGUGACUCACACUUUCCACUUACCCGUGGGUGAGGUGACGAUCACAUUGGGAGAUGUGGCUGUAUUGGCAGGUCUAUCGAUCCAGGGUCGGGCUUUUACUGGGACUGCAUGUAGACUAUGGGUUGAUGUGGUACACAGAUUGCUGGGAGUACGGCCAAAGCCUGGGACAGAUAUUCGAGGGUCCGCCUUGAGGAUGCCUUGGUUGAGAGAGCAUUUUACUGUUUUACCUGCUAAUGCUGAUGACGUUGUUGUCGAGCAGUACGCGAGAGCCUACAUAUUGAUGCUUAUGGGAGCCUCUACAUUUGCGGACAAGAGCGGCAAUGAGGUACAUGUUCUUUACUUAUCCCUUUUGGAUACUUUUGAUGUAGCAACGCUUUAUAGUUGGGGUAGUGCGACUUUAGCAUACCUAUAUCAGCAGUUGUGUCGAGGUUGCCAUUGUCAGGGUGGCGAGAUGGGUGGUUUUUUAUUGCUCAUACAGCUAUGAUCGUGAGAGCAUAUUCAUAUUGGUAGACCUGUCAUAAUGUGAUAUCAUGAGAUAGAUGGUGGUCCUCUUGAUGAUGGGGUUUGCACGAUCGAUCUGUACUUGGACCACAUCAUAUCCGUGGCGAGGACCCUUUGUGUCGUAGCACUUGCACGUCAUCCGCGGCUGGAUUAGGGUAUUAUCGAGAUGCAUUAGAUGGCAUGUGUGAUGAUCAAAUGACGUGGAUACCAUACACUUAUAAGAUUCUAGACAGCUGCCUCCUGUUGCCCGAGAGCACAUUGAGACAUGGCGAGCACGUGUGCCCUUGAUUUGAUUUGAUGUAGUGGAGCAUCACUUUCCUAAUCGCGUACUACGACAGUUCGGGUUGCAGCAAGUUGUUCCCACACCUUGUGAUACUUCUCUGGACUUACACAAGAUCGACAGGUGAGGGUAGCACACUGAAGAUUGGGGGAUGCACCAUAUUCCUUAUAUCACCAUGUGGGAUGAGAGAGCAGUGUAUAUAGUGGACGGGAUCCCAUCAGUAGUCCCCACAGUCUUUGCAGAUUACAUGAGAUGGUAUCACAACAUUACACGAGUGUUCAUCUCUCCCAGUUUUCGUCUACACACUGAUCAUUACCAGCCUAGCUCAGUCGCUCUUCAUAUCACGACACGACUUUUGCAUACUAUCCGUGAUAGGGCGACUGUUGUACUUGAUGAGGGGCAAGAUGUACAAAGAUAUCAUGAGGUAUACUCGGACAUUGAUGCACUAUGUGAUGAUGUAUUUGGCCAAGUAGACCAUGGAUAAUGUGGCCGCCUCUCAGUAUUCCACGACAUCUACAUCCGCAGCAGAGUCUUCCCAGGCGCGAUGACGUGAUAGAGUGGUUCUUCAGCCUCGUAACCAGCGCAGACGCCCCCGGCGUCAGGCACAAGAACAACCAUAUGAGCUUUAUGAUGAUGAUCACGUUGAGUUGUGAUAUUUGU